AUGAGCCGAGUGUCGGACUCACGCGUCGUCUCUAUUUUGUGCAACAAAAAGAUCAAAGACAUGCGAGUUGAGCUUAUACCCGAUCCCACUUUUCCUAUUUUAUACAUCAACAAAAAGACCAUUCAAGUUAUUCGCGCCUUCAUCACACUCUCCGUCAACAAAACUCUCUUCCCAAAAGAUUACAAGCCUUCCGAAGCAGAUCCCGAACAAGCAAAUAUGUUUGAGAUCAUAUACGACCACGAAUACAUUUUCAUAUGUAAAACCCACGCUGAGAUGAAGUAUUGGGUCGCACAGCUCUCGCCUUAUAUGAAGGCGUUUGGUGUUUUCCAAUACCCCAUCGAAGUCGCGAUAAAGAAGUCGCGCUGGCGUGUCCCCAAUGUAGUCUAUCGGUGUAUUGAAUUUAUGCAGAAGAAGAACGCAGACCAAUUGGAGGGCAUCUUUCGCAUCAACGCAAACAGUCGCAAAAUUCGUGAGCUCCGCGAACUCGUCGAGAACGACGCGGACUUGAAAUUCGACGAGAAGGAUGAGAUUAGCACUGCGUCGUCGUUUCUUAAACAGUACCUCCACGUCUUAGUUGUUCCUUUAAUCCCUCCGGAGUGGUUCCACGACUAUAUUAAUAUGCCAAGUGGUCUUCCAAACCCACGCGAGUUUGUUAAUAGUCUUCCGAAACACAAUCAAAACACUUUGUGGUACUUCUGUGAGUUUUUGCACCAAAUCAUAUUGAAAAAGGACAUCAACAAAAUGGACGAAACAAAUUUGGCGAAGUGCGUUGGACUUGUUGUCUGCGAAAAUCCACAAAACGGGAAAAUGAACGAACUCGUCUACACAAAAACGGCAAUCUCCACCUUCGAAUAUUUGUUGAGAAACCACGAGACAGCAUUCUGCGACGUCAAAAAGAGAAAUGAGGAACUCGGGGUCCAACCCCCAAGCUACCCCGCCUUUCAACCACUGAACCACCCACAAUAUGAUUUAUUGACUGAACAAAUUAAGAUGGAACUUGGCGACUGUAAAAAGCAAUGGAGACUUUCUGCGUCGUUUUUGGGAAGUUCUGGAGGAAAGAAAGUCAGUCGGGCGUCGUUCAGUUCAAUCUCUCUCGAUUUCUCAAAACAGAAAAACGACUUGUUCUCAACGUCAAUGAAGGAUUUGUCAAACUCACCAAAAAGUAAAGUCUCAAGAAAAGAAAGAGCAAAAACAAUGUUGGCAAAAAAGGAUGGAGGGAGACUGAAAAUUAAUAGUCUGACCGCGGGGGAAGGGGUACGAGUGCUCACCUCGAGUUCAGAAAUUAAAGACGAUAGCAGUCGGGGAAUAGUGGUGUCGGAGUUGACUCAAUAG